ACGAGCGAAAGCGCGCUGGUAGGUUCGCUCGGCCGACGGCAGGCAGCGUCGCGGUCAGGCGAUAGAAGUAGGUGGCGCUAAGCGCGUCGAUGGCGACGGACGAAUGCGCGAGGGAGUCAGUCGUAGAGCCACCACGCACGGUGACGGUCGUCGACGAGUUCGUAGUACGGACGAGGGAUAUCGGGUAAGAAGCGAGCCAAACGAGUAACAGAGAGAAAGAGAGAACGCAAAUUUGACUAAUCGAGACGAGAAAGAAGAAAGGAGUCGUCGGUGACGCUUCUCGUCCGUUGCGAAGCGGAUCGCGCUCGUUCGUCUUCGUCGUCGAUUCCUCCUCGGCCGUACGCGGUUGUGGUGCGUGCGAGAAAUUGCCUUGGCGCGCGCGCGCGCGCCCCAGUGCGUGCGCGAGAGUUUGGAACGAGAGAGAGAGAGAGAGAGCGAGAGCGAGAGCGAGAGCGAGAGAGAGCGAGAGGGAGGGAGGAAAGAGAGAGCGCAUCGCACUUUGUCUCUCGACGACGCCGCCGUGUCGUUCCUUCGGCCGAGAUACUUUAGAGUGUUGUGUUAUUUUUCGCAAGCCGGACCCGAAGCAGGAUUCACGGGGAAAAAAGAUUCUUGCCAUUUACGUGGCUACGCGCUCUCGUGGAGGCGCUGGAGGAAGAGGAGAGGAUUCGCGGAGCGAUUCGAGAGAAAGAAAUAGAUAGGAACCGAUCGAGAGUAAAAGAGAGAGGGAAGUGGACGGUGGGUGAGAACGGGAGAGACGGAGGGGCGGAGGUAACCAGUGACGGAUUUUUUUUCGCACAACGGUGGAGCAAAACGGCCUCAAACUGUGGGGCUCUGGGGCGUUCUUCCUUCCUCCGCAAGGGAUGUACUACCCUCACAUGGUGCAGACAGGAAUGGCUGCGCCGUACGGUGGGGGUGUCUUCCCGCCGCCGGUAAACGGCGUCGCGGGCGUCGUGGGGGCGACCGGGGCAGCGGGCGAGGUGAAAGCUCCCCCGUCGGUGCAGGUAAAGGAAGACAACAGCGGAGCGGGUCAGCAGGGACCACAGAGCGGAGCUCAGGUAGCGGCACCGACCAGUGGACCCCAUCCUACGGCACAGGGGGCACCGACGGCAGCCAGUUUCAGCCCGCCUCCGCCGCCGAACGGCGUCGAUCAGCAGGCGAUCUCGGAGGUGUUUCAGGCGGCGGUGGCCGCAGCAGCGGCAGCGGCCGCGAGCGGAGGCGGACAACAAGCCGCGACCACGCAAGGAGGAAACGAGACGAACCCGGAAGGAGCCGUCGAUGCGGGAUCUCUCGUCCCGGUGACCUCGGGCGCUACGACACCGGCGACCGUGACGCAGGCCGCGGAUCUGAAGGGCCAGCCUAAACGCCUUCACGUCAGCAAUAUACCCUUUCGUUUCCGAGACCCCGAUUUGAGGGCGAUGUUCGGGCAAUUCGGCCCGAUCCUCGACGUGGAAAUCAUUUUUAACGAGAGAGGAAGCAAGGGAUUCGGUUUUGUAACAUUCGCAAAUAGUGCUGACGCGGACCGGGCACGUGAGAGGCUACACGGCACCGUGGUUGAGGGCAGAAAGAUUGAGGUGAACAAUGCAACGGCGAGGGUGCAGACGAAAAAGCCACCGACGGUACCCAACGUUUGCGUACAGUGGCCAGAGGGAUACAGGUUGCCGGCGAUGCCGUGGAGCUGGCUGGGUGCGGCGGUGCCAUCGGCAGCCGCGGCUGCGGCGGUCGCCGCGGCCGCGGUUGCACCAUCUCCCGCAGCUGCUCCGCUCGUCCUUACACCGAGGGCGGCGGCGAGACGAAGCGGCAGCAUUAAGAGGAGUGGCCAUUCAAAGGGGAAGAGUCGGCGCGGCAAGGGCAGCUUUUCCGAGCAGCGCGGCGGCGUUGGCGUUGGCCAGAAAUCCAGGGCCGCUCGCAGCCGCGGCCGCUGCCACGGCCCUUCAUCCCUUUGCGCCUGCCGUCUACUACGACCCGUUCCUAGCAGCGCACGCGGCGACACAGGAUCCCAACUACAGGCUACAGUUGGAAUGGCCGCAAGCUACAGCCGAAGCAGCUGCAGCGGCGGCCGCAGCAUCGCCAUUGCUAAAGACGCCGCUCUCGACGGCACAGCAAGCGACUUAUGCAGCUGCAGCGACCUACACGGCGGUGGCUGCGCGCGCAUACGGCGCAGCUGCAGCGGCAGCACAGCCGGUCGCAGGAUAUGCCGCAGUCGCGGGUUACGGACGCGAGUACGCCGACCCUUAUCUCGGACACGGCAUCGGUCCGGUGGCAGGAUACGGGGCAACGGUCUAUAGAGGCGGGUACAACAGAUUUACGCCGUAUUAAAUGAGACCUUAGAGAGAGGGGAUCGGCAAGGAACGCGACCAGAAAUCGCGGCCGGUAACGCCGCGAAACAAGAGCAGCGGCGGUACAUGCGUUCGCGCACACGCAUACACGAUUACACCGACGCGCGUAGAGGCGCACACAUCCGACGUUACACGCAAAGCACAUCGACGAGAAAGAAGCGACGCCUGGACCCUCUGCGCCUUCCAACGUUCGAGAGCAGCUGUUCCUCGUUCCACCACCACCGCAAUCACCGUCACCGCCGUCACCACCGCCGUCACCACCACCGUCACCAAUGACAGAAAACGUCGUUGAUCGCGCGUUUCAAGUUCAUCCCACGCUCUUUUUCUUCUCGAACGUUUGCGUUCCGAGAUCGAAAGGACUGAGAGAGAGAGAGAGAGAGAGAGAGAGAGAGAGAGAGAGAGAGAGAGAGAGAGAGAGAGAGGAAAGAGAGAGCCUAUCGCUUCUCUCCUUUUUCCCCAUCUUUCUCGCCGUUAUUUAUUUAUCGAAAGCAGUCUCGACGAUAGGAGAAAAAGGACACAAACACACACACACGCGCGCGCGCGCGCGGACGAACCGGAAACGAUAGUCUCUAGAAGAAGCAUCGAUGUCUCCUGAAAAACCGAUUCGCGUCCUUUUAGAGCGCUGAACGAUGAACGCAGCCGGACGUUGCACAGGGUCUCAACAGGGUCUAGUCAGACACUCUCUCUCUUACCGGUUCCUAAUCGAAGCACCACCGAUUUUUAAACGUCGCAAAUAUAGAUCAUCCUAGAUCCGAUUCGCUAGAAAGACAAAUUUCGACUUGAAAGCGUACUCAAUACUCUCUGGCAAGGCGAACCGAAGGAAUCGGCACGUACCACCUAUAAUUCUACAUCUUCCUUCGAAAUGUUCGUUCGCCUUUCCAUUUUCCUUGUCCCUUUUUCUUUUCUUUUCUUUCCCCUUUCUCUUUUUUUUCUUUUCUUUUUAUCCCCUCUUUUCUCGUUAUAUCUCUUACCGCCGUACUCUACAAACGGUAGAAUUUACGUCGAAAAACCAAAUCGAAACGUACGCGUUACUUGCGCGAAUCGCACCGCACGAGCGCACGGAACGUUUGCGUUUAGUUUCAUUGGGCGGGCUUCAACUCGCUCGCUAUUUUUAUUAUUAACUAUUAAUAUUAUUAUAAUUUUAUUAUUAUUA